GUCAGCAUGGCUGCUCCCUGCAUUUACUAUUAGAUAGACAAAUCACUGAUCACAUGUUCCGAGCUUUGUACUGGACAAACCCUGUGAUUAUGUCUACGAGGCAGGAUGGAGGACUACAGUGCUGUACUAAACCUUCUGCUUUUAACCACAUGUGUUGUUCACCUUUCAUGGACAGACACACACUCUCUGCAGUACCUCUACACUGUCAAUGGGCAAUUCAUUGCUGUUGGUCUGGUGGAUGGAGAGCAGUUCGUGUACUAUGACAACAACAUGAAGAUGAUCCCAAAGACUGAGUGGAUAAAGAAGAUUGAAGCUGAUGAUCCGCGUUAUUGGGACAGAGAGACACAGCACAUGACUGAUCAGCAAGACAGGUUUCAGGUCAUUGUGAAUCAAGCAAAGAAGAGAAGACUAAAUCCCACUGAAGAAGUUCACACACUACAGAGGAUGCACGGCUGUGAGCUGGAUGAUAACGGCACCAAAAGAGGAUACAUACAAUACGCUUAUGAUGGAGAAGAUUACAUCAGUUUGGAUCUGAAAACUGGAACCUGGACUGCUGCUAAUGAUAAAGCUGAGAGAUUUAUCAACAACUGGGAUCCUAAAGGCGCUGAGGCUGAAUACUGGAAAGACUUCCUGGAGAAUGACUGUAUUGAUCGAUUAAAGAAGUUCAUGACUUACGGCAACAAGACUCUGGAGAGGAAAGUUGUUCCCGAGGUGUCACUGUUCCAGAAACACUCUCCUUCUCCAGAGGUGGUGUGUCACGCUACAGGUUUCUUCCCCAAAGCACUAAACAUCACCUGGCAGAAGGACGGAGAGGACGUGCAUGAGGACGUGGAGCUCAGCGAGACGUUACCCAACCAGGAUGGAAGCUUCCAGAGGAGAAGCAUUCUGAAAGUCUCAAGAAUGAAGCUGCAAAAACACACCUACACCUGCGUGGUUCAGCACAGCAGCUUGGAGAAGGAGUUAGUGCGAGAAGUACCAAAAGGUAGAGGAACAGCUGGAGGAACAGGUGGACCACCGAUUGCUAUCAUCACUGCUGUAGUGGCUCUCAUCGUUCUUGUCGCUCUCGUCGCCGUUGUUGCUGGAAUUGUGAUCUGGAAGAAGAGGAAAUCUGGUUGGAGGACGACAGGAACAGGAGAUUCUCCAACCCCAAGCUUACAAAGUGUGACCGUGUGACCUCCCGCUGAACUGAGAGAGUAAGACAUGAUGUAGUUUACAGUGUAAUAUGGAAUAAACAUCUGUGUGUGGAGAGAAAAUCCAGCAGAAAAGUAACAUUCGGUCUCAGAGCUCAUCCUGUUUCUGUUUUAAGGUCACAAGGAGAGCGAGAUGAGGAUGGAGUUUAGGACCACGCAUGAGAGACUACAGAAUUAAAAGUGUUUUAAUUAUAAAAAUGAUGACCAAAGAAACUGAAUGGUUGGACGUCUGCGAGACAAACUUUUGUAAAGCUGCUGCACUGCUGUCUAUUCAGAAUGUACAGAUCAGUCUGACUACACCUCACAAUACUGUUUACACUUUCCUGUUAUUCCCUGUUACCUUUUAUAGUGCCUCAACCAGCAUUCCGUUCCCUUUCUUAUUAAUGGAGAAAAAUAAUUUUUGCUUCUAAUGGAUUUAAGGUGCACUAAUUUCAGUGUUUUUAUGUUGAAUGUUCUUCUAGUUUAUUUGGAUAUGAACAGUAGGUACUCAAUCGGAAUUGUUUUUGGCCAUUUACCGCUGAGUGGCUAUAUAACUACAGACUGACACCUCAGGCCUACAGUACGUUCUCUCAAGGAUUAAUGAGCCGCAGCUCCUUUAGAGCUGCACGUAAUAGUGGAUAAAAUCAAGUAAAACAUUGUAGUUCAUUGUAGUAAUUCACAAUCACAGUACUAAAAUUCCAGUACAAAUUUAGAAUUUAAAUUAGAUUAAAUCUUAUUAUUAUUAAAUUUAAGCGAGGUAAAUGUUAACACUAAGCCUUUAGAUUUUAUCAUGUGUAAUUAGAAAAGUUAUAACAUUAAAACAUUGUCAGGACGUUCUACUGCGUCAGGAGAUGUCGAUGUCAUUUAGCCCUGCUUGUGUUUUUGCGUUAUUAUAAGAAUGAAAUGCAGUAGGCUGUUAUAAUUAUUAACAGCCCCCGUUGUGCUGUACCACCGCUGGCAAAGCCUUAUGAAAUACAAGUGACACUAUAAUGAAUUUACAAUCACAGUACUAAAAAUAUAGUAAUAAAUAUAGGCGUUUUUUUAUUUGCAUCGAAUUUACGCAAAGUAAAUGUAUACCUUUUAUAUCUAGCCUUUAGAACAUAUGUGUAACACUAGUGUAUAGCCAGAAAACAGACUCGGGGUGUGCAUCAAACAAAGUUUGCCAGAUUAAUGUGCAAAAACUAUAUAGUAAAACUCUAUAAACUACAUAGCCUUUUUAAGACUCUACUUUAGUUUAAUGACACAAAAACGUUAUGAUACUUUGUAAAAUAAUGAAAGUAAACAGGGUGCGCUGUUCUGUAUUGUUUUCACUCAGACACUCCGUGUAUACUCGCCUCACAGACGUGAAAAAUAUAUACUUAUAGAAAGCGAAAUUUCU